AUGGAUCAUGUUGUGGGAGGAAAAUAUAAACUUGGGAGGAAAAUUGGGGGUGGCUCAUUUGGCGAGCUCUUUCUAGGUGUGAACAUCCAGAACGGAGAAGAGGUUGCCAUUAAGCUGGAAUCGGUGAAGACCAAGCAUCCUCAACUUCACUAUGAGUCAAAGAUCUAUAUGCUUCUACAAGGAGGGACGGGUGUUCCCAACCUGAAGUGGUUUGGAGUUGAGGGUGAAUAUAAUGUCAUGGUGAUAGACCUACUAGGUCCUAGUCUGGAAGAUCUCUUCAACUAUUGUAACCGGAAGUUCAGCUUGAAAACUGUGUUAAUGCUCGCCGAUCAACUAAUUAACAGAGUCGAGUACAUGCAUUCAAGAGGAUUUCUUCAUCGUGAUAUAAAGCCCGAUAAUUUUCUGAUGGGCUUGGGACGCAAGGCGAAUCAGGUUUACAUAAUUGACUUUGGUCUUGCCAAAAAGUAUAGAGAUCUUCAGACGCAUAAGCACAUUCCAUACAGGGAAAACAAGAAUCUCACUGGGACUGCUCGCUAUGCCAGUGUCAAUACUCACCUUGGAGUUGAACAAAGCCGACGGGAUGAUCUGGAGUCUCUUGGUUAUGUCCUAAUGUAUUUUCUGAGAGGAAGCCUUCCCUGGCAGGGACUUAAAGCUGGUACCAAGAAGCAGAAAUAUGACAAAAUCAGUGAGAAGAAAAUGUUGACUCCUAUAGAGGUGCUUUGCAAAUCAUAUCCAUCGGAGUUCAUAUCUUACUUUCACUAUUGUCGUUCAUUGAGAUUCGAGGACAAACCAGAUUAUUCCUACUUAAAGAGGCUUUUCCGUGACCUAUUUAUUCGUGAAGGUUACCAAUUUGACUAUGUCUUUGAUUGGACAAUGUUGAAGUAUCCUCAGAUAGGUUCAAGUUCCAGACAGAGGAAUCCCGCUGCUAAUGCUGUCGCUGGAAUUUCUGGUGAGAGACAUGGAAGAACAUCAGUAGGACAAGAUAUUCGGGAUAGAUUCUCAGGUGCCGUUGAAGCUUUCUCUAGAAGGAACGCUACAAGUUCCGGUCGGCAUGGUGAAACUUCUAGACACAGGACAUCUGAAGAUAUACCUUCUUCCAAGGAUGUGCAACUUGAUUCAGAAAGAGGCCACACGUCUCGGAAUGGAAGUUCUUCAAGGAGAGCAGCCAUUUCAAGCAGCAGACCAAGCUCGUCCGGUGGCCAAGAUGGCCGCACGAGCAGCAGGGUCGUUUCUAGCAUCGGUCGUGUGUCCACCGCACAACGAAGUCAACCGAGCAUUGACCAAAAACCAUCCUCUUUCUCUCGUGCCACGGUUACCAAGGGCUCCCGGGAUGACCCUCUCCGGAGCUUCGAGUUCCUCUCUAUCCGGAAAUAA